UGCUCUUUCUAAAUAUUUUUUCAAAGGUUAAAAAUUAAAUUUCAAAAGAAUAUCCAGGGUGGAGAAGAGAGACAGACCCUGAAAGUUUCCAAUAUGAAGCUUGUUCAUGUUAUUUUGUUACAUUUGUGCUUCUGCCUAAGUUUUUGCAAGGAUACAGAUGAAAACCAAAAACAAUGGAUAAGGAAACCCCAGCUUUCUUUGCUAUCAAACACACCACAAGUGAGUCUGUUAGAUGAAAAAUGUUUAACUGAAAGAUACACACAUCUCUCCUGCAAUAAAGUCUUCUGCCAACCAUGGCAGAAAUGCAUCGAUGGGACCUGUACUUGUAAACUCCCUUAUCAGUGCCCAAAGGAUGGUACCUCAGUGUGUUCAACUAAUGGGAGAAACUACCCAACUUACUGUCAGCAAAAGAGUUUUGAAUGUCUUCGUCCAGGGGCAAAGUUUUUAAAUAAUGGAACAUGCACAGCUGAAGGACAAUUUGGCAUUUCCUUAAAGUAUGGAAAUACCACUUCAGAGGGAAUUGUUGAAGUAAAACUUAUACACCAAGAUAAGAAAAUGUUCAUAUGUAAAAAAUCCUGGAGCAUGUUGGAGGCUAAUGUGGCCUGUGUUGACCUUGGAUUUCAACAAGGUGCUUUUGACAUUCAAAAAAUGUUUGAAGUUCCUGAAGAGCAACAUAAAAAUCUCACCGAAUGUCUGCAGGUACAUUGUCGAGGAUUAGAGACAAGUUUGGCUGAAUGUACUUUUACUAAGAGAAGAGCUAAAAAUGUAGCUGGUGUGGUUUGUUACACAGAGAAAACAGUUUCUACAGCAAGUGAUUCCUUCCAUUGCGUGAAUGGGAAACAGAUUCCUCAAAAGAGGACCUGUAAUGGUAUCAAUGAUUGUGGAGACCAGAGUGAUGAACUAUGCUGUACAGGAUGCCAUGGCAAAAGUUUCUUUUGUAAAUCUGGUGUUUGUAUUCCAAACAAGUAUAAGUGCGAUGGUGAAGUGGACUGCAUUACAGGAGAAGAUGAAAAUGGUUGUCAAGGAACUGAACAUUCUGAAAUUAAAGAAGAAACAGAAUAUUUGACUGCUAAUAUGGAUGCAGAAAGAAAACGGAUAAAGUCACUUCUCCCUAAACUAUUCUGUGGAGUUAAAAACAACGUGCUCAGUCGAAGGAAACGAGUCGUGGGAGGAAAGGCAGCAGUAAUGGGAGACUUCCCGUGGCAGGUGGCAAUUAAGGAAAAUGAGAAAAUCAAAUGUGGAGGAAUUUAUAUAGGAGGGUGUUGGAUUCUAACUGCUGCACACUGUGUCAGUGUCAGUAGAAUUUACCAGUACCAAAUAUGGACAUCAUUUCUAAGUUCGUUAAGACCUGACAAUGAUACAAUUGUUCAGUUCGCAAAAAAAAUUAUUGUUCAUGAAAAUUACAACGGAACCACCUAUGAAAAUGACAUAGCUUUGAUUGAAUUGAGAAAACGCUCAAACCAAAAAGAAUGUUCGCUGCCUCAUUCCAUCCCUGCCUGUGUCCCCUGGUCUUCAUAUCUAUUUCAACCUAAUGACAGAUGCACUGUUUCUGGCUGGGGUCGAGAAAAAGAUAACCAAAAAGUUUAUGUACUUAAGUGGGGUGACGUUAACCUAAUAGACAACUGCUCCAAGUUUUACCCAGGUCGCUACUUUGAAAAAGAAAUGGUGUGUGCAGGUACAGAUGACGGUUCCAUCGAUGCCUGUAAAGGGGACUCUGGAGGUCCCUUAGUCUGUAAGGAUAUCAACAAUGUGACUUAUGUUUGGGGUGUUGUGAGUUGGGGUGAAAACUGCGGAAGACCAGAGUACCCAGGUGUUUACACCAAAGUAGCCAAUUAUUUUGACUGGAUUAGCCAUCACGUGGGAAGGUCUCUUAUUUCUCAGUACAAUGUAUAAAAUUGUGGUCUCUCUCUUCUACUCUUUUUCUCUAGGGAGUUGGAUUUUAGUUGAAAUGAUACUGCAUAAUUAGUACUUCUCUAGGAAAAAAAUAAUAAAGCACAUUUUAUUGGA